AUGUCGAGUAGAAGAAAAGGAAACAAUAAAGACAAUGAAUCAGGAGACAUAGUAAAUUUAUUAACUAAGAAUCAAAAUUCAAGUCAUUCAUCAGAUCAAGUUAACCAAGUAGAUUCGUCUCAGAAUCUCGGUAACGAUACGAUCAAUCAAUCGGAUCAAAACCAAGGAGAUCAUAAUCGUCAUCUCGGUACUGAAUCCCGUCUAGAGGAACAAUUGAACGAAGGAAAUUCGAACAAUGUAAUUGCAAAUAAAGGGAAAGAUCAAAACGAUAACGUAGUUAAAGAAGAGAAUAAAGAUAAAUCAAGAGGCCAAGAAAAGAACUUGGUAAAUCCAAAUUAUUUAGCAAUCUUAGGAGAUAAAUCUCCUAUAGAGAAACACGGUAUAACCAUAUCAAUAAACUCUGAUAGCAAAGGAGACUUCGAAGACGGGAUAGACUUGACGAAUAAAGACGCUGUCUUUGCUAAAGCGAUGGCUUUAUCAGUUAAAGGAGAUGGUUUAGGCGCACCUAAAUACCUGAAGGUGUACAAAACUUUAGGGAAGAUGUCUGUUCAAAGACCUUCGACUAAGAGAGCAUCUUCAGCAAACCCAAUUUUAUCAGACAAAUCCAAAAGCGUACCCGACGGAGCGGUAUUCGAGAACGGAAUGUGGUUCUUCCCAGGAAAAACAGCAAGUCACACCAAGAGAAGUUACACUCCUUAUUUCGACAAGAAUAUCGAUGAGUUAAGAUAUCCAAUCCCUUUAACCAUUUUCAACAAAGAUUGGCAAAAUAAAGCCAUGACUUGUCACAUCAAGAAGAAAACGAAAUCUAGUGACGGGGAAAAGUCAGAUUCAUCUUACACAGGUCUUCCUUAUGCAGACGAAUGGCUUCUCGAUUAUGGUGAUUGGAUUUCUGAAUUCUCAAAAUUUACCGAAUGGGCAGUAGCUCACAAGGCAAACGUUGAAAGAGUUCUUGGUGAAAUGGGCUGGUUAACGGCUCUGAAGUACAAUAUGAGAGUUAGAGAAAGCGCAAUAGUGAAUAGAGUCGAAAUAGGAGGAUUGGUAGCCCCACCAGACUUUUUGGCGUAUAACAAACUCUUGGCCAAAGAGUGUUUCGGACAAUCAAGAAUGAGAGAAGAAUUGAACUUCACUAAGAAUCCAUACGUCAAAGGUGGUGAACGUGAAGGAUGGGACCCCGCAACAGGAAAACCACCUAAGAAAUCAACGAGUGUUCAACAUAAAGAUAAACCUUUCAACAAAUGGAAUAACAAGCAAAGUGACGACAACCCAGUCGCUAGUGGAUCAUUUGUUACGAAAGAAAAGAAGAAGUUUAAAUCUGGUUACAAUGGUAAUAACUUCGAUCCUGACUAUCAAGCUAAGAAAGCGGCUGCCGCUGCAGCAAAAGCGAGUGGUAAUAGCACUAAGUAG